UACUUCUAAGUAUAGUAGGCCUGGAUCAAGUAAUAGGCUUGGAUAUAGUAAUUGGCUUGAAUCAAGUAGUAGGCUUGGAACUUGCAUUAUAUCCACCCAUUACGAGAUGUAUCAAUUACUUGUUCUUGUAGCCUACCUUGCAUGUACAACUGGGCUUAGUGUACAUGAGUACAGUAAACAUCAGCUAGUAGAACCAGGGGAAGCUGUCAAAUUGUACUGCAGUGCUGAUGAUGAUGUGGAUAUAUGCCAAUGGAGCCUAGGAGAAGAGACCUGUAAGGUUCUUAAAAACUCUGAGAAUGAAGACUGCAUGGAUGGAGUAUCAGCUACCCUAGAAAAUAAUAGGUGCACGUUGAGUUUUGAAUCCGUGAGUGAGGAGGAGGGAAGUAUGGAUUUCAACUGUCUAUUCGUUCAAGUUAGGGACACUGUAGUUCAAGCUUCACAAGAUCUUUCAUUUGCAGUAGCAGUUCCAGCCACUCUUACCUCCAGUUUAGAACAG